UCCAUUGGACCGACACUUUUCGACGGGAAGUCCAUUAAUUGCGAACUACUGUCCGAUGUCUUGAUUGCCGUCUAUUACGAGUGCUUCAGGAAUGCCAACACAACCCGUAAUAAACGUCAGCAACGGUUCUGUGAGUUAGUGAAGCCAUUGAUUGAGAGGAUCAAUGAGUUACAGCUGAAGGCCGCAGACUUCGACCAGUUGAAAGUGAUAGGAAGGGGUGCCUUCGGUCAGGUGGCUCUCGUCAAGGCUAAAAAUAAUGGCAAUAUCUAUGCAAUGAAAACACUGAACAAACUGGAAAUGCUUAAGAGGGCUGAGACGGCUUGUUAUCGUGAGGAGAGGGAUAUAUUACUGCACGGAUCGCGUGAUUGGUUCACAAAACUAUACUUUUCCUUUCAGGACGAAAGCAAUCUUUACCUGAUUAUGGAUUAUUAUAUCGGAGGGGAUUUAUUGACAUUACUUUCCAAAUAUGAUGACAAUCUGCCCGAAGAUAUGUGUCGAUUCUAUACCUCACAAAUCAUUCUCGCCCUCUCCUCCCUUCACGAAAUGGGUUACAUUCACAGAGAUGUCAAACCCGACAAUAUUCUGCUCGACUCUAACGGACACAUAAGACUCGCCGAUUUUGGCUCUUGUAUUAAGGUUUCAAACGUGAAAACAGACGGCGUUUGUACAAUAGCUGUGGGAACGCCGGACUAUAUUUCGGACUAUUGUAUUCAUUUGAAGUGGACUGGUGGUCACUGGGAGUCGUCAUAUUUGAGUCCUUAUACGGGGAAACACCAUUCUAUGCGGAAUCUCUCAAAUGACAAUCUGCCCGAAGAUAUGUGUCGAUUCUAUACCUCACAAAUCAUUCUCGCCCUUUCCUCCCUUCACGAAAUGGGUUACAUUCACAGAGAUGUCAAACCCGACAAUAUUCUGCUCGACUCUAACGGACACAUAAGACUCGCCGAUUUUGGCUCUUGUAUUAAGGUUUCAAACGUGAGAACAGACGGCGUUUGUACAAUAGCUGUGGGAACGCCGGACUAUAUUUCGCCUGAGAUUCUCAAAGCAAUGGAAGGCAAUCGAAAUUCAGGACUAUUGUAUUCAUUUGAAGUGGACUGGUGGUCACUGGGAGUCGUCAUAUUUGAGUCCUUAUACGGGGAAACACCAUUCUAUGCGGAAUCUCUCAUUGAAACCUAUUCUAAAAUAAUGAACCACAAACAUUGUUUUAAAUUCCCCGUCAACGCCAAAGUUACCGAUGAGGCCAAAGAUCUCAUUUCCAAUUUGAUUACAGACCAGAACUCGAGAUUUAAAUCUUUGGAUCAGUUCAAGUCUCACUUGUGGUUCACAGGAAUAAAUUGGGAUUCACUCCAAUCUGUUCGACCGCCAUAUCAGCCAACAGUGAGCGGACCCGAAGACACAUCCAAUUUCGACAUCGAAGAGCUGAGACCACCUAAUAAUAAUGCAAACAAUGCCGGUGCAGGACUUGCCAUGAAUUCAACCAAAGAUUCUUUACUUAAUAUUCAUCUGCCAUUCGUUGGCUUUACGGCCACUUUCACGACACCCGAAGAAAAACUUAAACUGAAAAACAAACAAAUUUUAAAUAAAAGCAUUUGCGAGCAAAACGGCGAAAAUUCAAUACUCGAGUCAUUGCCGCCAUUGCCUGAAACGGCUGCUCCGCGUUUGGUUAGUAAUGUACAAAACGAUUCAAUCGAUGGUAUCAAUGAUUCUGAAAGAAGAUUAGUUCUCGAGAGCGAACUCAGAGAUGCGCGACAAGAAUGGAGUGAAGUCUCCGCUCUAUUGACUGAUAUGAAGAAAGAGAAGAACUCUUUAUCUCAACGAUUAAGAGCUAAAGAGGAAGAACUGGAACAACAACUCGAGAAAAACACUCAAUUGAGGCAACAGUUGAGAAAUGCAGAGAAAGUAAAGCGCCAACAGAUCGAUGACAUCGUAUCACUUCAGACUGAAUUAGACAAAGAACGUGAGCUAAGACUUGAAGCUCAAUUGAUGACUAAGGAUAUUUGCGAGCAAAACGGCGAAAAUUCAAUACUCGAGUCAUUGCCGCCAUUGCCUGAAACGGCUGCUCCGCGUUUGGUUAGUAAUGUACAAAACGAUUCAAUCGAUGGCAUCAAUGAUUCUGAAAGAAGAUUAGUUCUCGAAAGCGAACUCAGAGAUGCGCGACAAGAAUGGAGUGAAGUCUCCACUCUGUUGACUGAUAUGAAGAAAGAGAAGAACUCUUUAUCUCAACGAUUAAGAGCUAAAGAAGAAGAACUCGAACAACAACUCGAGAAAAACACUCAAUUGAGGCAACAGUUGAGAAAUGCAGAGAAAGUUAAGCGCCAACAGAUCGAUGACAUCGUCUCACUUCAGACUGAAUUAGACAAAGAACGUGAGCUAAGACUUGAAGCUCAAUUGAUGACUAAGGAGUCUGAAGAGAGAGUUUUGUUACUCGAGAGCCAAUCAUUCGAUUCGAAUCGAACGCCAAUUAACCAGAAUUUUGUGGACAAAGAAGAGCUAUAUUUGGAAAGAAUCGCAGAAUUGGAACAACAAUUAGAGUCGAGACAAGCGAUGCUUAGGGAAGAGCCGAAUGAGGAGCACAUCAAUGAGUUGGAGCAACAGGUGCUUCAGUUGCAGCAGUUGCAGCCCAAUUGGGAGCGACAGAUCACCGAAAUCAUCGAUUGGGUGUCCAAUGAGAAGGAGGCCCGCAAUUACUUGCAACAAAUGGCCGCCACUAUGACUAAGGAAUUGGAAAAACUUCAGCUCCAACAGCAACAGUAUGUGUUGGGACAGCGAUACUCACCCCCUGUCCAGCAAUUCCUCACACAAACCAAACAGCAGAGUUGGCAGGAAAGGAGGUCCGCGCGGGUCGACAAACAAGAGUUGCUUCAAUUACAGCUCGAAUUGCAGAAUGAAAUCGAAGACAAACAGAGAAUUCAAUUGGAUUUGCAAAGAGUCCAGAGAGAGAUGAAUAUCGUGUUAACCGAAUUGAAUGACACGAGAAUUGAGAUGCAAAAAGUACAGGAGCAGCAAAAUAAGCGACAAUCCCUUCCACCCACUGCUGCGCCUAAUAUACUGUUCUCACAGGAAUCGCGGUCUCCUGUCGAACAUCAGAGCCAAAUACAAAGCAUGGAAUCGGAUAUUGAGUCCAUGACUGAUACCUCGUCCAUAUCAGAGACUCAGAAGUUUUCUGUUUGUUCGCAACAAAAGCAUUCAUUUAUUGUCCGCACUUUUGUGGCGCCUCUCAAAUGCAAUCAUUGCACGUCUCUUAUGAUCGGUUUAGUCAGACAGGGGUUGGUUUGCGAAGUUUGUGGUUUUGCGUGUCACGUGAAUUGUAUGGGAACUGGUAGUCCAUGUCCUUGUGAUGACGGCUUACAGAGACCGGUGGGUAUCGACCCAAAGAAUGGUAUCGGCACAGCCUACGAAGGUUACGUUAAAAUACCGAAAGCGCGGGGAGGGGUCCGUAAAGGAUGGAUACGAAUGUUUGUUGUGGUUUGCGAUUUCAAACUCUUUCUCUAUGACCUCAACUCCAAUAACGACUCUUUGAGUUCGAGUUCCAGUUCUUAUAAUACAUCGGUUAUGAGUCAAGACAGCAGUGGAAGCCCUCUAAAUAUAACACCAUUUGUUUCGGUCAACACUUUAAUUGAUAUGAGGGAUGAAUUCUUUAGUGUUAGUGGAGUUCUGGAGAGUGAUGUCAUACACGCGUCCCGUAAAGACAUUCCUUGCAUUUUCCGAGUGACCACUUCUAUGUUAGGGGACGACGGCUCCCAACGAUUCACUCAACUUAUGUUAGUCGACAGGGAGAGCGAGAAAAACAAAUGGAUCGACGCUUUGCAUGAAUUGCAUCGAAUAAUCCGUAGAAAUAAACUCUCCAAUCGAAAUCCCCUUCGUGUGCAUACAGUGCUAACCACUGUCCAAAUAAGUCCUUUAAGACAUCAUAAUAAUAUUAACUGUUGUCUUGUUAUCGAUGAAACGCGACUAUUAAUCGGUUGCGACGACGCUCUCCUCUGUUGUGAUGUCGACAUCCCUUCAUACCAUAGACUGACAAACUCUAAACGCAUUCAACAACUAUCGCAUUCAUCGACUGAACAAUUAGUGAUAAGUUUAGCCGGAAAACAGCGACAAAUAAAAUUGAUUCCGAUCCGAGGUUUAGAUAACGAAAACAUUGAAUGGAUUAAAAUUCCGGAGACGAAGAACGCGACCACUUUUGCAUUGGUUUCGACAAAUACAACGAAUUAUAUCUGUGUUGCCAUUAAAAAGACAUUAAUUCUGUUUGAAAUCACAAGAAAGAAGUGUCGCUACUCUUUCUACCGGGAGAUCCAAAUGCCACUAAAUAUUCAAACACUAAACUCUUGUAAAUCGAGUUCAAUAGCUGUGGGAACGGCUUCUAAUUUUGUGGUCUAUAACCUCAAUCAACGCGAGUCUCCGCCUCUUUAUUUGGUUAAUCAAGAGUGCAAUGAGUUGUCGUAUUUAAUACAGAAUUCAAUCGAUGCUCUUAUGUGUCAACCAAUCACUGACAAGGAAUGGAUUUUGAUAUUUUCCCAUUAUGGCGUUUAUGUUGACUCUCACGGCCGACGAACGCGUGCUUUUGAGCUACAAUUCCCUACUCAGCCCUCAUAUAUCUCUACCCUCUCGACGCCAUCCCAUUCUUCACUGCUUUUGUCAUUUUCUUCGACACAUAUCGAUGUCUUUGAUUUGUCGUCAACGCAAUGGAUUCAGACAAUCAAUUUGAAAGCCACACGUCCUUUGCAAACACACGGACAACAAUCAUUAUUAUGUCUGACGAAUGCCUAUGACUUACCACUUAUGGUCCAAAUUGUGGCCUCCAAUCGAAAUGACUGUUUGUUGAGAGUCGGAGGCGACCCCUCAAAAUCGUUUACUUUGAGCGCCAACUCAUCCAAUCAACGCUUUUCUCAAUUGGGGGCCAAUAGUAGCGAUAUUAUAAAAAAGAACUCUCGCAUCCAAAUCAGUGGUCCUUCAGAUUUCAGUCAUAUCUCGCAUUUAGGUCCCGGAAGCGGACCCUUCACUUCUAACUUAAUUGACUUAAGCCAUUCAAACUCUUCGGCACAAGGGUUGAGACAAUCGCGAGAAGAGUUGGCAAACACUCGACGUAGAGAUUCCACGUCUUCGACCAAAGCGUCUGAUUAUUUAAAGUGUCAUAAUAUGAACAAUAUUGUAUUUACUAUAGAGCCCAUUGAACCGGCCGUUAAUUUUGAUGAUUCAGAGCUGGACCUACCCGUCCGCAAGAGAGAGUGCAGAGACACUGAUGUAAUAUUCGUGAAGCACUCAAAUCCCAAUCUUCUAAUUCAUGGCUACGAUAACUAUGGAAACAUUUGCGGCCAACCAAACAAACCACUGCCAAACGUCACCAAUUCUGGACAAAACAAAACCAAUUUUCCGUAUUUACUCAUCGAAUCCAUACAAAACUCUUCCAUAAGAACUAAAUGUGUCAAUCAGUGCCCCAAAGAAGGCUUUUUG